AUCGGUCUCAUUCCUGAUUUAACUGUUGCACCACGGGACGCAUCAUUCUAGUCUUUCUGAUCCUUUCUGCAUUUGCCUUUAAAUGAUGCGACUCAGGCCCCCCAAGAGAAAAUGAUCGUCAUGAGGGGGUGCCAGCGCACCCCGUCCCAAGCGUUACGGGAGCAAUAACUCCCAUCAGCAAAGAGUGCCUCAUGCAGGACCAGCAAAUUCACUAGACAAGAGAGACAGAACGCUAAGGCUCAACUCCUCCCUCAGCUCGCGUCUGCGUUCGCCUGCAGCCUCCACCUGGUCCGGCCAGCAAGCCGCCACCUAUCCGAAAGCCCUCACAUGCCCGAUCACUCGUACAGAUCAUCGUUCGCUUACCGUCUCCUAUACGACGUCUGCUCUUGAUUUGCGCCCAUAGUCUCAUAGACCCGCAUGAGCGACUCAUCGGGAAAGCUCCCUCGCAGGGAGAGGCUCAAGCAGCUGUUCCGAGGGCGCAGUCCUCGUCCGGAAACUGCAGCGCUAGCACCCGCAAAACCGCCAACGGCUUCGCAAGCAGUUAAUCCAAGUACUAGCUCUAGCUCCCAGGUCGGCACACUAAGCGAUGAGAACACCGGAAUUGAAUCCGCCAGGAACCAGCUAUGGAAGAGCGCGUUCGAAAAUCUCAAGAAGGAGCAACCUGAGCUCGUCCAACUAUAUGAGCUGCUUCUGAAAGAAGACGCCGGAACCGACCAAAACGCUGAUAUCUCGACACGGGAAGUAACGGCUGCUGUCGUGAAGAAACAGCAGACGAGGAUGGAAUCACGGCAAUGGACCUACUCCUGGUUCGGCAAACCACGAAAAGUCCGCGACACAGCAGAAAGCAUCCUCACGACCAUUGAACGAGUGUCUGGGUUAGCCUCGGUUGGCAUGUCUUCUGCGCCACCAUUCGUUUCGCUAGCUUGGAGCAUGAGUACAAGCCUCAUAGCUUUUGUGAUGAACGAUUUCGACGCGGUCAAUAGUGCCAUCGAUGGGCUGAAGGAGGUUACCGGAGUACUGGCAAACUACAGUUACGUGGAACAAGAGUUUCUACGGAGCGAAGAGACACGGAAAGAUUUCGAAGAUAUUGUUCUUGGCCUGUACACGGCGAUUUACGAAUACCAAGCGCGCGCAGCCCAGUACUUUGCGAGGAAUACUCUAAAGAGGCUAGGAGUCAACACUUUAACUGCGCAGUCCUGGCCUGAAGCGGUUGAGAAAGUCCGAAAUCUCGAGCAAUCGUGCCAGACAUCGAUUGGCGCCCUAGGGGUCAGGCUGGGCCAGAAACGGUUCGGUAGCGUCGAAGCGCUCUUGAGCCAAGGCAUGAGACUCAUGGAACAAAUUGGACACGCCGUCACGUCGGAGCGCGCUCAGAGAGAGAAGAUCCUAGACUGGAUCUCCCCCAUUAACUACUUCGCGGACCAUAGCGACGUUCGGAAAAUCCUUGGAGAUGCAUACUUGGGAUCAGGCCGGUGGCUCCUUCAAGAUGAGGUUGAGUUCCAGCCGUGGAGGAGAUCGGAAAAUGAUAUACUCUUCCUGCAAGGCGUCGUCGGCUCUGGAAAAACGUCACUGACAUCUAUCGUCAUUCAAGGUCUCCUUGAGAAGGAAGCAGUUGCUUUCUUUUACUGUUCCGCUAAUGCGUCCUCUCGAGACGCUUCGAGAACAGCUCACAACGAGACUUUCAACAUCCUCCAAAGCAUCCUGGCGCAAUGUUCCAUUCGCGCAGAUGGCACCAUUGCGGAACAAAUUCGAACUGCUUUCGAGAGAAGUGAUCGGCAAUCGCCAGGAGGCUGCGAUAUGACUCUCGGUGUCGUCAUGUCGACUUUGAAAGACGUUCUGCAGGAGCGCGCGGAUGAACAAAUUACGCUUGUCUUCGACGCCUUGGACGAAUGUCUAAAUCAGGGAGAAUUUCUCUCAUGCCUAGCAGAUCUGAUGAAAUCACAACCGAAACUACGAGCGUUCGUCUCUACGCGAUUUGGUGUUGACUUUGCUCAGUAUUUCGAGAACUAUCGAGCACUGAGCGUGGGCGUACAAAAUUCGGACGAUAUAAGUGCAUACGUGGACGGCGAGAUCUCCAAGAGAAGAGGGAACCGAAUGACUCUUGACCAGGCUGAACGGUUGAAAGAAGCCAUCAUUAAGUAUGCUGAUGGAGUAUUUCGGUGGGUCGAACUGGAACUAAACAUUUUCCUUCCGAAAACCCAGCGACAAGGUUUUAGGGUUAUGUCAGCAGACAUAGAUCGAAGACUACUACAGCUAGAAAACUCCCAAGCUCCCGCGGUCGAUCGGCUCUUCGACGCCUACGAAGAGCUCUACAAAUAUUCUCUCGGCGAAGAGGAUGAGAUCGCCAGACGGUUUGUGGUCAAGGCAGCCAUAAAGUGGGUAUUAUGCUCGUUUACGCAACUGUAUACAGCCAGUCUUAGUCGUGCUGUUUCCAUCCUACCCGAUGGCACGAAGGCCGAGGACCUCACUGCCGAGGACAUCCUGGCCUAUUGCAGCAACUUCUUGGUCAAAGCCUCGGACAACAGUAUCAAGUUAGCUCAUCUCUCCGUCCGGCAAUUCUUCGAAGAGCGUAGAGCAGACGAUUUCUCGCCACCACUCCAGCACUUGCAAGUCGCUCAGACUUGCCUCCAGUUUGUCAGAUCAUUUUUCCUUGUUGAAGACCAAGGGUCCGUUCACUCUUCCAUAACGAGACGACCAGAAGUGCGAUAUUACUUACGCCUUCGGUCGUGCCUAGUAGACGAUGGGAAAGUCGGAAGCAACUUCAACUAUUACCCCUAUCUAUACUGGUCGAUGCAUUGCCGAGCUGCUGAUAAAUCAGAAGACCUGAUGAAGAAUCUGAAGUCUCCAGGCGUUCGCGAUGUCCUUUUCCCAGAUUUGGAUUUCUUGCACCGCAGCAUUGCCGAGGGGGCAGACCUCAAGUCUCAGGACACGAAUGGAAACACCAUACUUCACAGAACGGUCCUGAACAACAAUAUUCCAGCACUCGGGUUGCUACUUCGUGUCGAGACUCUGCUAGAGCACUCAGGAGUCUUGAACACCAAGAACAGGGCUGGUGAUCUAGCCAUUCACAUUGCCGCUAUGAUGGGGUGUGAAAUGGCAUUCCACGACCUCAUCCAAGCCGGAUCGGACACAGACACGAUGAACUUAGUCGGCCUCACCCCCUUCGAAAUUGCGGUCAUGCUCGGGCGCGACCCCAUCGUUGAACGAAUAGGCCAUAUACAGCCAUUAACGACUGAUGACGAGGGUAACAGCAUUCUACAUUAUGCCUCAUUCUUCAAUGCAGAUGAGGCUGUUCGCAUUCUGAUAAGGGCUGGGUGGUCACGGAGCUUGCAGAACAAUCAGGGGAAUAGUCCACUACAUUUGGCCGCGAUAGGCGGUUCAUCGCUGGCUUACAACACACUACUUUCGGCCGGGGCUUCUAACAGCAUACGAAACAAGAAGAACCAGCUGGCUCAAGAAAUACUGGACCUCUCUCGCUAUUCCGAUGCUAGCAUAGUCGGAUUUACCUCACGCCAGCCAUCAAGAAUUGGUUCCGGGCCUCUCGAACGUCCCCCGAUUGUGCUUGAAGACACAACUAUCACCUCCUGCAAAUUUUGCGACUUGAAUACCUGGCUCAAGGAAUCGCAGGUACACACAUAUCUCCCUUCUCUCGAACGGCUAUUGCACGUAUCUCAACUCAUCCGCGCAAAACAGCUCGUGUGCAGGCUAUGCGCUUUCUUGGAACCGAUUCUCUUCAGAAUGGUCUCUGAAGUCUCCAUCGGCCAAGUUGAAGAGGUUAGGGUGCGUAUAAGGUUGGAUGUGGACUCGGGUGGCCUGAAGACUGGGAAGGACGUGCUGGAGAUUUCUUUUGCCGACGUCUUCCACGAGAUUGAAAUAUGUCUUGAUGCUGGAGAGGCAAUUUCUCCACUGGCUGCUGAUUUGUUCCAUGGGAGAAGCGUCAAACAAGAGGCAACAGAAACCCACGUCGUCAACCAGAUACGACAGUGGUCCGACAUUUGUUGCGGCCACGCGGUUUGCCGACUCUCACAUACAGACAGUUUCGAGGAAGAUUACGAGGACAGGUGCGAGGACGACACUCAAAGCGGCUUUCCAACAUAUCUCGUCGACGUCGGCCAUGGCUCCGAGGAGGUCAGACCGCGCAUCGUCGGCCACGAAGAAUUGACGAAGACAAGUGAUAGGAGAUUCGUCUUUCUGUCAGCAAAGUGGGGCUCUACUCAAUUCUUCCAUGCGAAGACCUCCACCAUCGAGGAGCUAAAGAGAGGAGUCAGCCUUGAUCGGCUUCCUGCGUCACAGCAAGAUGCGAUACGAGUAUGUCGGCGACUCGGAUACAGAUACCUUUGGGUGGACGCGCUUUGUGUUGUAAUGGAUGACCCGGAAGUCCAUGGCUUUGAGGAGGAGAUGAUUCCCAUUUACUCGAAAGCAGCUGACCUGGUCCUCGUAGGAACCAAUACAAUGACGGACUCACUUAUUCCCAUCAGGAAGCCUGGCGGAACACUUUCAAUCUCUGCGUCUCUACGCACAGAACUGAGUGCAGCCAGUGAGACAUUCACGCUUCAGUUGCGUGAAUCUCUGCCGGAUGCCACCAAGGCCAUCCACGACAACGUCCUCGACCGGGCUUGGCGAUUACGGGAAGUCGUUCUACCCCGGCGGUUCGUACUGUUCGAUCCCCAGCAACUUAUCUGGUCCUGUUGUGAAAUGUCAAAAAGUGAAGGGAGCGCUCUGGCGCUCGCACCUUGGUUUAAGCCUUUCCGGGCCAUUCAUCUCCAGCUAGAACACCUACUCGAUCGCGGACAGUCGGAACGGGAUGAGUACCUUCCCGUCAUCAAAGCAGAGAUCUUCAGCUGGUGGUACUCCAUCGUGGAGAUGGCUUCGAAAGGGGCUCUGGCAUCCGGGACCAGGAAUCUUGUACCCCCUGUCUCUCGAGCCACUCAUCUUGGUCUAUCACCGCGCAAAGGCCCUCAAGCCUAUUCUCUAAAUGAGCGCCUUGAGACGGUCCACUCCAUCGCUUGGACUGUGCUUCAGCUUCUCAAUAAACUUAAUGCGAAUGGCUGGGAUACCGCGUAUGUGGCGGGACUUUGGUUAGGAGACAUUCGAAAAGGCCUAUUAUGGAUCUCCGCCCAGCCCUACAGGACGAUGCGAUCUAACCGGCCUGGCUCGAACCCAUACGGGCACGAUACGUCUACAUGGAGCUGGGCGCAUAGUCGAGCCCCCAUCUCGUACUGCCUUUCGAAGGGGCUGAAGAUUGAAUUAGCGAUUGAAGGGGGCUUGGAAGUCGGACAAGCAGUCUAUGGUCCUUGGAUCGUAUUGCCUGUCACGGCGCUGACGAGGCAGCUCUCGGAGCUUGCAACGGAUGACCAGCAUUUUGAGUACUUUUGGGACGCUGUGGAUCCGCCGGGUAGCCAAGUCGACGCAAGGAGCCCCGACGUGCCAUUCCAAGAUGACAGCGAAGACGAGCAUAGAGGUAAUGAGGAUGGCAGUGCAGCAGACGGGCGCUCAAAUACUCCCGACUCCCGAAAGUCGGCUGAAGACCCGCGACAAUCCCACUCCGAGACCUACGCUGACCGCAUGACUUCCGGCUUGGGUGCUUGCACGCUCGCUCUUGUGGCGCCUUGGACUUUCCGACCGUCUAUGGAACCUUGCGAUGCUCGAUGGGCCGGUUUGAUAGUAAAGCGUCGACCGGACCUCGAUAGGAUACCCCGACCAUUGGCGGGCCGUGAUGCGGGAGUCUUCGUAAGAAAAGGCGUGUUCCUCGGGCCACUCUGUCACAAGGAUCUAUCCGGCUGGGAGAGGAAGAUGAUGGCACUGGUUUGAGCCGCUUCUAGGCCUUGUCUUUGGUUUGGCAAAUGGGUAUUCCUCACGCGGGUCUUGUAUUGAGGGAAGCUUGGCACGAAGGGUUCUGCUCACUAUCUCUUCCGUUUUAGGGGUAAUCGGGUCUACCAACGAAAGCGCCCGAUCGAAAUAUUACCACUUCGAUCAGUUCUAGGAGAGUAGGGGGCUCGAAGAUAGCUAGUAUCAU